AUGACCAUGUGCGACAUCACUGAAGAUGACCUAAAUGAACUGAUGCGGGAAGAAGCAGAAGAUGUCUUCUAUGACGGAGUGUCCUCCCGCUUCCCAGAGAUCAUGGCGGCAGGCACCCACUCUCCCGGAGGCCCCAAUGGCAUCAUCAGGAGCCAGUCAUUCGCCGGCUUCAGCACCCUACAGGAGAGACGCUCACGGUGUAACUCUUUCAUGGGUAACUCGGCAGUGCCGAAGAAACCCCAGUCCAAACCCAAGAAGCCCCAUCUGUCAGGGCACAAGUCCAGCAGCAGCAGUAGCAGAGAACCUCAGCCCAAGAGAGUGGAGGAGGUGUACACUGCCCUCAAACAAGGCCUGGAUGAGUAUCUGGAAGUGCACCAGACAGAACUGGACAAACUCACAUCUCUGAUGAAGGACAUGAAGAGGAACUCCAGGCUGGGAGUGCUCUACGAUCUUGACAAGCAAAUCAAAACCAUAGAAAGGUACAUCCGGAGACUGGAGUUCCAUAUAAGCAAGGUGGAUGAACUGUAUGAAGGGUUUUGCAUACAGAGGCGAUUGCGUGACGGGGCCAGUAAGAUGAAACAAGCGUUUACUGCCUCGCCAUCUACCAAAGGCACCCGGGAGAGCUUAGCGGAGGUCAACCGCCGCUACAAAGAGUACACAGAGAAUAUGAGCACUUUUGAGGGAGAGCUGGAGAACCUGUUGGGGGAGUUCCAUAUUAAAAUGAAAGGUCUGGCGGGCUUUGCACGGCUUUGUCCUGGAGAUCAGUAUGAGAUUUUCAUGCGGUAUGGGCGUCAGCGCUGGAAGCUGAAAGGCAAAAUUGAGGGGAAUUCGAGGCAGAGUUGGGACGGAGAAGAGAUGAUCUUCAUGCCACUCAUUACAGACCUCAUCUCCAUCAAGGUCACGGAGCUGAAGGGACUGGCAACUCACAUUCUGGUUGGCAGUGUGAUCUGUGAGACAAAAGAACUGUUUACUGCCAUGCCUCAGGUGGUUGCCGUUGACGUCAAUGACCUGGGCACCAUUAAACUCAACCUGGAGGUCACCUGGUUCCCGUUUGACGUGGAGGACCUGACGCUAUCUUCCGGGAACACGAGCAAAGCCGCGGCCCUGCAGAGACGCGUGUCGGUGUACAGCCAAGGCACGCCUGAGACGCCAACGUUCCAGGACACCUCCUUCUUUAUGUGGCAGCCCCGGCCACGCGAGGCCCAGCAUUUGUCUUUUCUGCACGCUCUCAGGGACACGCUGUUAGAUAAGCUCAGACGCAGUCGCUCAUUUGGCGACCUGGCUGCGCUCCGACCCCGCCCCAAAUCCAGUCUGGAAGUCUAUUCCACUCUUCCUGAUGACGUGUUUGAGAACGGCGGCUGCGGUGUGGCUGAAUGUAAGCGUCUGUCGUUCACCUUCUCCGACACCACAUCCACCCCAAGCCCAGUUCCCAGCCAAUCAAAUCCCGAGAUCACGGUCACGCCCCCAGACCCCGACGCUGCCCUGCAGCCCCAUUUGGAGACUUCCGAGCAGAAUGACGAAGAGGAAGGUGAAGAAGAGCAGGAGACCGGCAGUGUGAGUGCCAGUUUGGCAAGCGCAAGCGAGGCUGACUCAGAGUGGACGGAGGGUCAGGGACUCAACAGCUCAACAGCGCCCUCUCUCUGUUCGGAGGGGCAGCUGUCCGCGGUGGGGCCGGAGGACGUGGUGUUCCUGGAGCCCAGCGGGCCUGACGAGAUCUCCGAACUGAAACCUGUAGAGCUGGAUGGGGAAGAAGGCAGCCUGACUCGACAGCUGGUGAGGAGGCUGACGUCGUCCGACGUGCUGCCUGAGGCCGGGGCGCUAAGCUGGGCUGGAGAAGGAAGCCGGGCCUUCCUGGAGAGCAGCCUGGAGGAGGCCAUCCAGAACCUCCUUCUGCGCCUGGAGAGUCUGGGUCAGCGCUGUAGGGAGCUGCAGGACCUUGAACAGGAGGUCAUGAGACUGGAGGACCUACUCAAGUGCCGGCUGCCCGCUCACAGGAGCCGCUCCUCCAGCCUCAGUCUGACGGUCGAAAGCGCUCUCGAAAGCUUCGACUUCCUCAACACCUCCGACUUCGACGACGACGACACCGGCGACGACGUGGGGACCCUCCCUCGCUCCGUGUUUUUUGACAUGGAGUCGGAGAGGAUCGGAUCAGGCCAGCACCCAGAGGCUCGCGGCCACUUGAGUGAAGCCCUGACAGAAGACACAGGUGUGGGGAACAGUGUGGCUGGCAGCCCCCUGCCUCUCACCACAGGCAACGAAAACUUUGAUGUGGCCAUUGUCAUUCAUCUGCAGUACUGCAACCAUCUCAUACAGUUGUUAACGUCUGGAGGGAGUCCCUGGCAACGCAAGGCCCUUUUACACAAGCUCUCCACCCAGACCCUUUUACUGGAGGAGCUGAGUGAGAGCAGCAUAGACAAACUUGGCAAUGUCAGCACUGCAGCAGACGUACUGCCAGGUUUGGCGGAACGGCCGGCCCUGAUGGCUCUGUGGUCCGAGUUCAGCGGUUCUGCCGGCGUGUUCCACACCACUCUGGACCGCGUGCUGCAGCACAUGCAUCACAGCUUCACCGCACCGCUGCAGGACACACACCCACACACUGCAGACUCAGUGAUCAGGCUGGUGGUGAGUGAGAUGGUGGACAGGAGUGAGCUGGCCUCCUCCCCCUCUCCCUCCCCCUCGGCACUGUCCCAGGAUGUUCUCACCGUGUUCCAGUUCCACGCUUACGCAGCGGAACACAACAUUACUGACAUGGAGGAACAUCUGCUGCAGCUGGCCAGAGAGAUGAUGUUUGCGGAGCACCUGAACAGUGGAAAUACAGAAUGCUCCAUGAAGGAGCUGCAGGAGGUGUCCGUGACCUCCCUCCAGCCCCGCCCUCAGACCCUAAAAGCCAUAGCUGGGCUUCUGACCUCCGACGACUCUGAGCUCAGCAAGGCUGCAGCUGCCCUCCUCACCUCUGGCGCCUCUCACCCUCCCUUCAGGACAAAGGCAGUGGAUUGCUACACACAAGCCUUAUCGGAGGCUGGCGUACAAACACAGAGGGCGGCUUGUGUUGCUUUGAGUUGCCUUCAGGCUUUGGAGAGCAUUGGUGCUGUAGUGUCACUGUGUGACUCGGCCGACGAGGAGCUCCGCCAUGUUGCCAUAGAAACCCUUCUUACAUUUGGGGAAGAGGGGCGGCUGGCAUACGAGCAGCUGGACACAGUUCCCCGGGAGAUGGUGCGACUGGGCACGCGACGGGGCAACGCUGUCACCACCGCCUUCUGAGCCUCCUGGCCUUUACAUAGGAGUUUUACAACCGAGUUAUGACCGCAUAAUCCUCUUAUGCUUACUCUUUUGUUGCUCUGAACUUUGAGCCUGUCCACUCACACACACAUAAACACCCAGCUACACACACACACACACACACACACAACUUUGAGACUUGAGGGCUUUGUUAAGGCCAGAGGAUGCUCCCAUUCACAAGACCAAUAGCUCCUUAUACUCUGACCCUUGUCAAGCCGCCGCUCUCUGCACAAAAAAGUCUUUUGAUCCGAACAUUUAGUGGCGUAGACAGUGGUUGUUCACGGUGUUGUUGUUAAUGUUACGAUUCUAAUCUUCACGACUUACUUUUAGCUUCUUGUCGAUAUAAGUUCAUUUUCUCGAUAUUGCACUGUGGAGGGCGUGUAAAUAAAGCACAUUCGUUUGUCUGUGUAACGUGUGGCUUUCGUGCCACCGGGGCUUUCUGCUGAGCUUUUUUGGGGUUUUUUUGUUUUUUUACCGGUACGUGCCGUUCAAGUUUCAGGGAUUUCAAAGGACAGUUCGUCAGCACGUACAGCCGUACAUGCGUGUGUAAGAGAGAUUUUACCGUGGGGAUUACGGGAACAGGAUCGUCGGUUUGUGUCAGUCUUCACACUGGCGGGGUUGCAGAAGGGAGAUGUGGAGAAAGACAUAUUUUUGGAUCAUGCUGGACAUCCAAGCGCCUCCGAACACUCCUCGGCCUUCUCGAAUUGUUAUUCUGUAAAUGAGCAUCGCUCACUGGAAGAGGUCCAGUGAGAUCAGUUGUUGUGGGAUCAGUGAGUAAAAGGAAAUAGGGGGCAGAAUGCCACCAGAAACUAUGAACGCAGACUGUUUCCACUCAACAUUCAUACAAAAGAGUAAACGUGCAAUUAACGGGACCUUUUGGAACAAACCGGGGCCAAGUCCGUAACAGGUUAAACCCGUUGAAGGCUGGAGGCCACGGGAAUUCUGCCGGGAGCUAAAAACGCACUUUUUCUCCGUUUAGAGGAAUAUGGAUGGGUAAACUGUGAAUUGGAGGUGACGACGCUGAUGAAGAUUGAGACUCUUGUGCUCUGUGAACCAACUAGUUUCUGUGCCUAUUGUGACUGUACUACUGAGUCAGGUGAUUAGCUGUAAACGAAUGAUCUCUCUUUAUUUAUUUUGUCAUUAACGUGUCACUUUGCGCAGUAUGAUGCUAAUUUUUCUUUUUUUGCUCAUAUUCUGUCUUUGAUCAUGAGUACAUCUUAUGAAAAUGUACUAAACAAGCUGAUUAUUUAUAUUUAUCCUGUGUUACAUCUGGUACAGUGUUCAAAGAAGCCAGUAGUUCUUAGGGAGUUACAGUCUUCACAUUGGAAUAUAUCAACUGGUAUGGUAUGGGAGUCUCUUUGUACUGGGUGGACCAUAUGUUGUUAUUUAACUGAAUUAUCGUUUAAUUGUUUACAGCUUAUUUCUUUGGUAUUUCAUGUUUUGAAAAAUCACAUUUGUGUUUAAUCGAUAUACACAGAAUUAGCAAAGUGUGACGUGUCUUAACACAUUUGUGACACAGAGAAUUUAAUUUAUCUUGUAACUUACUGGAUACUUAAUUGGCUGUCUGUGUAGCCAGUAUUUUAAUAGCUGAAUUGUGUAUUCUGAUAUUUUGUUUGAGAGGCAGUGUGCAUCGCUAUUCGGGAUAAUCCCAGAUUAUCAAGGCAACAUAUUAGGUAAGGUUUUACUGAAAUCUAAAGAUGAAACCAAAGGAAGACCUUUUAUUUAGUGGUAAAAAAGUAAGAGCAUAUCAAGACGAAUGUACAGAGACUUGAAGCAAAAAUCAAGAAUCCUUACAAACAUCUACAAAGCACAGCAGAAACUUUUAUUGAAAUCUACGGCAUUAAUUAAAAAAAAAGGCUCCUACAGCACGAAGUCCAAAAGCCAUAAUGACACAAAAAUGUAUUUAAGAGUUUUAUUUGGUGUGUAUGUGUGUGUGUUUUCAAUUUUUUUUUUUAAUCCCUUACCUGUAUAGUUUGAGUUGUUAUUGCAAAUGAAGACCUCUUGUCAUUUUUUUUUCCUUUUUUUGUAAGUAAUAGCUUUUUAUUGA